ACUGGAAAAAAUUGCUUACUGGAGGAAACGGUAAACUAUUAAAUGUUUUAUUUUUGUGAUUUCACAGUUUCGAAGCGAAUACGAAGAGAGAGGAAAGGUUUUGCUUUGCGAACACCGAAAAAACUGGGAUUUCAUAUCAGCUUUUUCAUCCGUAGAUUUGGGUGGACUGUUUGACUGGAUUUACAAUCAUGUUCCGAAACCAGUACGAUUACGAUGUUACCAUCUGGAGUCCUCAGGGCCGCUUACACCAGAUCGAGUACGCCAUGGAGGCGGUCAAGCAGGGCUCGGCUGUCGUUGGAAUGAAGAAUUCUUCUCAUGCGGUGGUGGCUGCUAUUAAAAGAAUGCCUUCGGAACUGGCUUCCUACCAGAAGAAACUGUUCGGUAUUGAUGAUCACUGUGGAGUGGGAAUAGCUGGGCUUACAGCCGAUGCGCGAACCAUCAACACCUUCUUACAAACGGAAUGUCUAAAUCACCGUUAUGCCUACUCGAAACCCAUGCCACUUAGCAGACUCGUGGGAACAUUAGGCAACAAAAUGCAAGUUUCCACACAGGAGGAGUCCGGUCGUCCGUACGGUGUUGGACUGCUGUUAAUUGGCUAUGACCAUAAAGGACCGCAUUUAAUUCAGAUCGAUCCUUCCGCUAAUUACUAUGAAUGUAAGGGAAUGUCGAUUGGUGCGCGCUCGCAGUCUGCUCGGACUUACCUGGAACGGCAUGUGGAAGCUUACCUCGGAUCUCAGUCAGUGGAAGAUCUUGUGCGGCACGCUUUGCGUGCCCUUCGGGACACGUUGGCGAAUGAUCAAGAGCUGAGCAACAAACUUGUUUCUGUGGCUGUCGUGGGGAAGGAUCACCCUUUUCGGGUUUACGAUGACGAAAGCGUACAAAAACUGGUUGAUGAGAUUAUAAAGGAGCCCCGCAAUCCCGCCCGUCCGGCUCAGUCGGGUUUUGCUCUGGACACUGGCGUGGAGAACAUGGAUGAAGAUGUUUCGCGUCCGCCUCCACCUGAUCCAGAGGCUACCGUUGCUUUGGGCGUAGCUGAACACCGACCGGAAAAUCCUUAGGAGCUUAAAAUUGGUAACCUUUUUUAUUUGUGGAAGUUGUCCAUUUAGCGAUUUAUAAUUGUUUCCAUACACUGUUUCAGAGCACUAACCAGUUUAAUAGAAAACCUUUUUGUUUUGUGGUCAUCUUGUAAUGUUUAGUACGGUACCAGUAAACUAAUAAUAAGGUUCAAUUAAAAUAAACAGCACUACUUUACUGUUGGCACUGGUUUCUUUUCAUAUUAUAGUAUUCGUAUAAAGGAAGCGUGAGAAAACGAAAGGCUUUCGAAAUUG